CUCUACAGUGAUGCUACAGCCGUUUGAUUAUGAUCCGAAUGAAAAAAGUAAACAUAAAUUUAUGGUUCAGUCCAUGUUUGCCCCACCUGAUUGUUCGGACAUGGAAGCAGUGUGGAAAGAAGCAAAACCUGAGGAUCUGAUGGAUUCUAAACUUCGAUGCGCUUUUGAGCUUCCAUUGGAGAAUGAAAGAUCUCAUGAUGUCGAUACAAACAAAAUAAUACCUUCAACUGCAACAAAGACAGAGUCCUCGGUGUCCAAACCAUUAAGUUCUGUUUUGGAGGAUACUGAAGUAAAGAAAUGGCAGGAUGACUGUAAGAGACUCCAAACUGAAGUACAGAGAUUAGAACGAGAGAAUAAGCAGCUAAAGGAAGAAGAUGGAGUCAGAAUGAGAAAGAUGCCUCACACGAGCAGUCCUGCACCGACUUCAGCUACUGUUGUCAAGGAAGAAGGUCUCACCCCUCGAUUACUCGCUCUGGCAGUUCUCUUCUUCAUCAUUGGUGUCAUAAUAGGGAAACUUGUAUUGUAGGAGAGGUGUGGCUAGGGAAUGAUACCCGAAUUAAUGCAGCUGCCAUACCAUGGGUAGAGUUUAUUCAUACAACAAAGUUUAAUGUUCAGCAUCUCCCAGAUCUUGCCUUUUUAUUGCCCCUGCACAAAUGCAAGUAACCUAAAGUUUAUAGAAGUACAAGGAGAUUGUUUAAUGAUCAUCGGAGAAUGGUCUUAUCAGAUGUUGGGAGAAUCAUACAAGGCAUACUUUAAUGUCAUUUUAAUCACUUUUAGACCUCGAUGCACAUUACUUAAUUACCUCUUUUAAAUGAAUCGACUCCUAGACUGCUGGGACUGUUGACCCUUUUAUUGGUGUCCUGUGCCAGGACAUGGCAGAAAGGUACUGUGCGAAGUAUAUUAAUCUACUAUGCUGCGCAGCUUGUAUAAGUCAUUGUUCAUGCCUCUAACUGUGCAUAUUACCAAUACCAAGUUCUAGAAAGUAGAAGCUAGAAAAGUGAUCAGAAGGCCGAAACCUGUAAUGGCAAAAAAUGUAAUGGAGUAGGAAUAAAUUUUAAGGGAGAAUUUGUGCCUAACCUUCCAAGGGGGAAAAAACAGCAUUGCUGCUCCUUGAAGGGGACGAGGCCACAAUGUUGGUGGUUCAUUCAAGUUGAAUAAAACUUCUGUUAGGAAGUGUUGUUAAAUGCAUAUUUAACUUAUUUAAUGCAUUUCAUCUCAUUAUCUGUUAUUGCUCUAAGACUAAGUGUAAAAGUAUGGCGACAAGCCGUCUUGUCCAAAGCUGGUGGAUCAUUCUUUUAAUGCUACUGCUGCUGAGAAAUGCACUGUGGGAUUUGUCUGACCCUUCUCCCACCCCCAGAUUGUCUGGAGAAGCACUACAUUAUUUGUAUUGAUAGCUUUGAUCCACGUUUGAAAGCAGCAAUCUGAAAUCUUGUUUUGUUUGUACAGAUAUAUAUAUAUGUAUAAAUAACAGUUAAAAUUUUAGCAGUUAUAAUAGUUCUAUGCCACAUUGACCAGUCACAUUUAACUGCUGUAUUGUAGACUCUUCUAAAUAAAGAAAAGCCCCCAAACUA